AUGUUUAAACAGUCACGUAUCUACGUAAAGAAUAGAAGAAUUUCACCGUCUUUCUUUUUAUCGCUUAGUGUACUGGUGACAUUCCUCACGCAGACGACGUCUGAUUCACUUGAAAAACGGCAGCAAGUGAGGUAUUUCCCUAAUGGAUUCCUGUUCGGAAGCUCAACUGCUUCUUAUCAAGUUGAAGGCGCUUGGAACGAAGAUGGUCGAACGCCAAGUAUUUGGGAUACUAUAAGCCAUGCCCGACCAUGUUUGAUUAGUGAAUGCCAUAAUGGAGAUGUCGCUGCUGAUACUUACCAUUUGUACAAAAGAGACGUCGAGAUGAUGAGAGAACUUAACCUUGAUUUCUACAGGCUCUCAAUAUCGUGGUCUAGAUUAUUACCGACAAGUUUCCCCGACAACAUAAAUGAAAAGGCUGUGGAAUUCUAUAGGAAUUGGUUGGACGAAAUUCAUAAAUACAACAUCGAACCCAUGGUCACUUUGUAUCACUGGGAUUUGCCGCAGAAACUGCAAGACAUGGGAGGAUGGACCAAUCCCUACAUAAUCGACUGGUUUGUGGACUAUGCGAGGGUUGUCUUCGAACAAUUCGGUGACCAAGUAAACAUGUGGCUUACUUUCAAUGAGCCUCGUGAAAUUUGUCAUCAAGGUUACGGAUCUGGUACUAUGGCCCCGUUGCUUAAAAUACCAGGCGUAGCAGAAUAUAUAUGCGCGAAAAAUUUAUUAUUAGCUCACGCCAAAACCUAUCACAUGUACGAUAAGGAAUUCAGGUCUUUGAAAAGAGGAACGAUUGGUAUCUCCUUCAGCGCUAGUUGUAAUGAACCUGAAUCUCAAGAACACGCUGAAGCCGCCGAAGACUCAGCAGCUUUUGAGUGGGGUAUUUACGCCCACCCUAUCUUCUCGGAAACAGGAGAUUAUCCACAAGUGAUAAAGGAAAAAGUAGCAGCUAAAAGCGCCGCCCAAGGUUUUCCAAGAUCCAGGUUACCCGAGCUAUCUCCAGAAGAAAUAGAUCUCAUUAAAGGCACAUCCGACUUUUUUGGACUGAAUCAUUAUAGCACUAACUUUAUAUAUAGGAAUGAAUCUGUCUAUAAUAUGUAUGACGCUCCGUCUCUAUAUGAUGAUCAAGAUAUCGCAAUAUACAAGCUUGCUGAAUGGAAAUCUAGUGCGGCUGACUGGUUAAAGGAAGUGCCAUGGGGAUUCUACAAACUGUUGACAUACAUCAGGGAGAAAUACAACAACCCUCCUGUCUACGUCACUGAGAAUGGUUUUACUACGACUGGGGGUAUGGAAGAUAAUGACCGGAUCGAAUACUUCUUAAACUAUCUUGAUGCACUAUUAGACGCUCUUGAAGAGGGAUCUGACAUUAGAGGUUACGCUGCAUGGUCUCUGAUGGACAAUUUUGAAUGGUUGAAGGGAUACACGCAUAAAUUUGGCUUGUAUGCAGUAGACUUUGAGAGCCCGGAGCGCACACGCACUCCGCGUAAGUCAGCGUUUAUUUUAAAAGAGAUCGCGCGCACGCACAAGUUGAAUCCCAACUACGAGCCAGAUACCACAGCCAUGACUAUAUCGACGAAGGACAUUCAAGACUAUGAUAGCUGUAUACAUUGUAAACGUUGCAUGCAGUUCCUUCAACCUGGCAUAAUUGUGUUAUUUGUAGAAGUUGAUCAAACGUAAAUAGUGUUAUGAUAGUCUAUUAUGCAUGUGAGGCUAUACAUAAAUAAAUAAAU